GCUUCUGUCUUUGCCAUGGACCUCUCCCGGAUUUUGUACCUGUUUAUUAUCUUUUGCCUGACCGGGAUGCUGCUUAAGAUCAUCCAGCUAUAUCGGCAAAGACAGGAGCUUCUGAGGACGAUGAGCAGUUUCCCAGGCCCCCCGGCACACUGGCUAUACGGCCAUAUUCAUGAGCUUUUACCCAUGUCUAGCAUUUUGAAGAAAGUAGAGUCCUGGAGCUGUGUUUAUCCAUAUGCCUUUCCUUUGUGGUUUGGAAGCUUUUCUGCAUGUUUAAUAAUCACACACCCUGAUUAUGCUAAAACAUUGCUUGCUAGAGCAGAGCCAAAGGAUGCUGCUGCAUAUCAGAGUAUAAUUCCAUGGAUUGGGAAAGGCUUGUUGGUGCUUCAUGGGCCAAAGUGGGUGCAGCAUCGAAAACUAUUGACUCCAGGUUUUCAUUAUAAUGUUUUGAAACCCUACAUGGCGCUGAUGGCAGAUUCCACAAAAAUAAUGCUGGAUAAAUGGGAACAACUGAUCACACAGGAGACAUCAGUGGAUCUCUUCAAACAUGUGAGCUUGAUGACACUUGAUAUCAUCAUGAAGUGUGCCUUCAGUUGCAACAACAGCUGUCAAAUGGACAGAGAAAACUCCUAUGUCCAAGCUGUCUUUGACCUCUGCUUCUUAGUAAAUGAAAAACUCUACCAUAUCUUGUAUCAGAAUGAUCAUAUUUACUGGUUCAGCCCACAAGGAUAUCGGUUCCGGAAGGCCUGCCAAGUUGCCCACCACCAUACUGAUAAGAUAAUUAAUGAGAGAAAGGAAUCUCUCAGAAAUGAGGAGGAGCUACAAAAGAUCCAGACAAAGAGACACUUGGAUUUUCUUGACAUCCUUCUCUGUGCCAAAGAUGAAAACGGAGUUGGACUAUCUGUUGAAGACCUCCGUGCUGAAGUAGACACUUUCAUGUUUGAGGGACAUGACACCACAGCCAGUGGGAUCUCCUGGAUGCUGUAUUGCCUUGCCCAGAAUCCAGAGCACCAGCAGAAAUGUAGAGAAGAGAUAAAGGCCAUUCUGGAUGACCAUGACACAAUGCAGUGGGAUGACCUGAGUAAGAUGACUUACUGCACUAUGUGCAUUAAAGAGAGCCUUCGCCUUUACCCUCCAGUACCAGGCGUGUCCCGACAGCUCAGCAAACCCAUUACAUUUUUUGAUGGACGGACCUUACCUGAAGGCUCUUGGGUAGCAGUAAGCUUUCAUCUGAUGCACAAGAACCCCAGCAUAUGGAAAGAUCCAGAGGUGUUUGAUCCUUUAAGGUUUACUCCUGAGAACAUUUCAAGCAGAAACUCCCAUGCUUUCCUUCCUUUCUCUGCUGGACCAAGAAAUUGCAUCGGUCAGCAGUUUGCCAUGAAUGAGAUGAAAGUGGCCCUUGCUUUGACUUUGCUUCGUUUUGAACUCAGACCUGAUCCUACUAAACCUCCUCCCAUCCCCAUCCCUCAGAUUAUCCUGCGCUCCCACAAUGGCAUACACCUUAACUUGAAGAAAGUGAUAUGAUACUGAAACAGGAGAAGAAAUAAUUGUGAUGUGGAAGGUCGGCGAAUAGAGGCUGCAAAAUUGUUUGUUCCUGUAAAAUUAUUUGACAGCAUUUUGAAGCUUAGAACCAUGACCUACAAAUUAUUUUUUACAGUGGUCUCCCUAUUACCAUUAAGAGCAUUCAUGGAUGCUUGGGCAAUAUUACAGGGCAGCCAUAAUACUGCUUGAUCAGGAAUACCUUCACCUCGCCUCCUUUCUGAAUAGCCAAGCCCCCCUGUAACUUUUUAAGGUAUUUAUUUUUGAGGUGGAUGCUCUGAUCUAAAAAGAUCAAGUGUAGCUUUGGAGCAGAGUUUCACUAACAAACUGAUGACAUAUGAUGACAUAUCUAACAUUGUCCUAAACAAGUGCCUUCACCUUGGUGUCAUGGUCAAAUGGAUUAAAAUGAAGAAGCUGAAACUAAAUCUAGUCCAGAUGGAGGUGAUGCUAGUUGGGAAAAUGUAUGUCCUCAGGGGACUGACAUGCUAACUUUCCAUAGAGUUGCCUUUCUUAUGUAUAAAAGAGGUAGACUCAGCCUUUCUUUUAGAAAGUGGGUUGAUAGAAUGUGCUAGGAGUGGCUUUUAUCAUAUUCUUUAGUCUUGAGAUUGUCAUCUUUAUUGAAUCUACUGAGUUGCCUAUGUUGAUCCAUGACUCUGGAACCUCUGUCUGAAAUACUGUAAGGUGCUUAAAGUGAGACUUUCCUUGGAGGCCUCCCAGAAACUUCAAUUGGUACAGAAUCUUGCUACUUGUCUUUUGGUAUGUUAUCAUGAGUAUGAGUACAGUACUGUAAUGACUGUUGCUAUUAUCUUAGAGCCAAAACACACGUUAAGAAAUACCUAGGUUCAGCACGUGUUCUCUUACCUCAAGGUUUGCCGGGAUCUGUAGGCGUCCUGGAAGCUUAAAGAUCUGUAGGCGUCCUGGAAGCUUAAAGUCCUGGAAGCUUAAAGGAUCUGUAGGCGUCCUGGAAGCUUAAAGGCGUCCUGGAAGCUUAAAGCUUAAAAUACAGGCGCCUGUAUUUCCCUUCCCCUUUUUGCUGCUCUGUAAAUGCUAAACUUUAAGCUUCCAGGACGCCUACAGAUCCCGUCAAACCUUGAGGUAAGAGAACACGUGCUGAACCUAGGUAUUUCUUAACGUGUGUUUUGGCUCUUGGUCACUAUUUAGGUGCUUGUUCUUACCCAAAAAUAUUCCUGGUGGUAAUUCCAUCUGCUCAUCAGCAUGAUCAUGUUUAUUUACUGUUAUAGCCCCCAUUUUGUAGAACAGCCUUCUUGAAGAGUUGAGUGCCGUCCUUCUUGGCAUUCUGCAGAGUCUAUUAAAAAAAACGCUUGGUUUCAGAGGUCUGACGGCUAGGGUGGUAGCUGAGUGCUGUAUUAGAUGGAAUCUUUUUUUAAAAAAUCUGUCCCAAGGUGGGAAAUAUUCAAUGGCCAUUGUAAUUGUUUUCAUUUGUAUAACUGAUAAUUUAUGUUAACAUUAUAUAGUUGUAUGCUACUCUGAACCUUGAUGAGAUAAAGUAUACAUUUAAAAUAAAUAAAAACAAAGAUAAG